AUGGAUGAAAAUCUAUUGAAAGAGAAUCACCUAAAAUUAUUUGGCGCAAGCACAAAUCAAUCACUAUCAACAUGUCAGGAAAAUAAUGUCAGCAUUUCUAACCCCAUUACAGAUUUGAUCAAAGGACAGCUCGAAAGUCUGCUAAACAAAAUCCAAAAAAUUAAUUCAAAAAUAUCUUGUUUAGAUGCACAAAAUAAACUUAAGCAUCAUUAUUGCUUUACCUUGCCGCUUUAUGAUUACAUUAUUCCCUGUUAUCAAGAAAUUGAAAAAUGAGCUAAAGAAGUGGAAAACGAACUUAACUUAACCUUAUUUAUAUAUCAAAGUGAAGAUAUGUCAAAAUCAUUAUACGAUUCAAAUAUUGAAAUCCAAAAUUACUUUGCUAUUUAUUGCAGCUUUUGUCAAGAAUUUUUAAAGAAAUCUAUUGACAUUAAAACUAAGUUUGCUCAAGAGCUGGAAAAAGAAUUUGAUAUUUAUAAAUCAAAUUUUAUAACUUUAUUGAUAGAAAAAGCAGCCAAACAAGGAUUUCUUUUUAUAAUAUAG